AUGCAGUGGAGCUUUACCUUCCAUCCCAUCGACUUUAAAAUCAAAGUAGACAUGGUCAAUGCACCAGUGACUGGCAAUACAUAUGCUCCCUUAUACAGCAUGAUGUUUUGGCUUGCAUCGUCUCUCCUCAUAGCACUCUUUAUCCGCAGAGUCAGGGCCGGAUACCUUGAAUUCCUCUCUCUAGGGCCUGGAGGAACACCGUCAACUCCCAUGGGAUACCUUCGAAUAUGCAUUUUAAGCAUCUUUACCCUGAGGGACCCCAUGAAACCACCACAUCUACCAGAGACAUUGAAUCCCCAGGCCGGAAUCCUUAAAUAUCUUCCUACUCGUGCUGGACCACGGCCACGAGUCGCUGGAAUCAUUCCUCACAGACAAGUGACCCAGCGAGCAACGCCGGCCAUGUAUACCGCUCUCAAAGCGGAAAUUAAGAAGUUGGCUCUCAGCAACUCGGACCGGUUGUAUGAGGGGACAUCAUGCUUUGAAAAGCAUAGCAUUGGCCUCUUCACUCCUCUAGACUUGACUAGUAGAGUUACAUGCAAUGGGGAAAUAUGCCAUGCUCACCCCAUCGACGGGAGUAUCCAUAUGACUCUCCAUCCAGCGGAUGUCAAACUUGUGAUUGAACGAGGAUGGGGUGAACGCCAUCCGCUUGCCCGAGAUAGCUGGUGGUGGAUAUUUAGACUUGUUCCGACGGGAUUUAUCAUGAUAUAUGCUCCUCGGUCGACAGAGGAGCUAAACAGUGUGGUUCAGAUUAUCCAUGCAGCUUCCUGGUGGGUCAAUGGGAUAGAACCUCGCUGGUCAACUCCUGGCAAAGGUUCUCGGUGUGGAGUUGAGGGAGGGACUAGCAUCAUCAAAUCCCAAGUUAAUUAG